AUGAUGGAGUACGCGCAAUACCAACAACCGGCGCAAGCCCAGCAUGGGCAUGGCCAGCAUAUACAGGCGGGAUAUCCAAAUUCGGGGCAACACCCAGGCGCAGGACCAACCAUCACAUCACCAGCCCAGCAACCACUUCACUCGCAACAUGGCGUACAUAGCCAAACGUCGCCAAUACUAUCGUCUCAACCUCAACAAGCUGGGCAAACUCAAGGGCACGCGAUACAUCAACAGAUGAAUUAUCAACCCGCAUAUGGAGUCCAGCCUGGCAUGCACUAUGGCAUGCCGGGAAUUACGCCGCAAGCCGCUGCGAUGGCAGCCACUGCUGCUGCUUCUGGCCAAGGGUAUCCAUACGCAAUUCCUGACUCUGGUCUCUCGCAGACCUCACCAAAAAUGGCGGCUGCAAUUAAGCGGGAAAGAGGGCCACGAUCGCCACAACAGAUGAACAACCAGAUGGGCCACCCACAGGUCAACCAAGGCCGAAGGAUGAGCCAGCAGGUUCCAUCUCCAGCAGUGGCAAAUUCGCAGCCCAUUAUGAACCAUGGUGCCCCGCGACCGCCCGCGCCCCCAAUGCCCGCCAACCAACAACACGCGCAGUCCCCCGAACUUGUAUCUGGAGCUGUUGAAGAGUCCCCGCUUUAUGUCAAUGCGAAGCAGUUCCACCGAAUAUUAAAGCGCCGGGUUGCGCGCCAAAGAUUGGAGGAGGCUUUGCGCUUGACCUCUAAAGGAAGGAAGCCAUAUCUUCACGAAAGUAGACAUAACCACGCCAUGAGAAGACCUCGAGGGCCUGGUGGCAGAUUCUUAACUGCCGACGAGGUGGCAGAGAUUGAGAGGAAUAAAGGCGAGGGUGGAGAUGACGCUGAGAAAGGUUCUUCAGAGACGCCCGCGAAAGGCAUACCGAACAGUGGUGGUGGUUCAGGGACUAAGCGAAAAGCGGAAACCGAAAAUGCAACACCAAGCAAAAAGGCAAAGCUCAGUGGCCCUCCCGCGCCAGUACGAAGUAGUGCUGAAGAUGACGAGGAGGAGGAUGAAGAUGCUGAAGACGAUGGUUGA